ACAAAUCAAACACUGUAGCACAUGACUCAAGCUGUGACUCUGUGACUCUGUGACUCUGGGCAUUCAACUCACAACCUCGUUUUAUGUUCAUCUUUUGAAUGCACAUUUGUUGGCUCACAUUAAAUGUUUCAAAGCCAAACGAGCAGAGAGUUUGAGACUUAAGACAUAGAUAUUUAUGGAUAACAGUGAAGAGGGCUCUUCUUCUUCAUCAUCAUCAUGCUGCUUGAGUUGUUUUUUCUCAUCUUGGCAACAUGUUGCAUUGGAGAGUCAAAGAGGAGGAAUGUCCUUCUAAUAAUUGCCGAUGAUGCAGGUUUUGAGACGGAGGUGUACAACAACUCCGUGGUCCGAACCCCUCACCUGCUCUCUCUGGCCCAGCGGAGCCUGGUGUUCAGCAACGCCUUCACCUCUGUCAGCAGCUGCUCCCCCAGCCGCUCCACCAUCCUCACCGGCCUGCCGCAGCACCAGAACGGCAUGUAUGGGCUGCAUCAGGGUGUUCACCACUUCAACUCGUUUGACGGAGUACAAAGUCUACCGCUGCUCCUCAGCCAAGCCAACGUACACACAGGUAUAAUUGGGAAGAAGCAUGUCGGCCCUGGAUCUGUUUACCCUUUUGAUUUUGCGUACACAGAGGAGAACAACUCUGUCCUCCAGGUGGGGAGGAACAUCACCCGCAUCAAACUACUGGUCCGCAAGUUUUUCAAGGCGCAUAACGAAGAAGCUUUCGAGCGAAGGCGGAAGAAAGAAGAGAAUACAGACAAUUUAAACGAUGACGAGAGGCCUUUUUUCCUCUAUGUUGCCUUUCAUGACACCCACAGAUGUGGACACUCGCAGCCCCAGUACGGAGCUUUCUGUGAGAAGUUUGGGAAUGGUGAAAUGGGGAUGGGUAGGAUACCCGACUGGACACCAGAAUAUUACACACCAGAACAAGUAAAGGUUCCUCCUUUUGUGCCGGACACACCUGUGGCCCGGGCUGACCUGGCUGCACAGUACACCACGGUGAGCAGGCUGGAUCAAGGUAUCGGUUUGGUUCUCCAGGAGCUCAAAGACGCUGGCUAUGAGAACGACACUCUCAUCAUCUACAGCUCAGAUAACGGCAUCCCGUUCCCGAACGGCAGAACAAACCUGUAUCGCUCCGGGACGGCAGAGCCCAUGCUGGUGUCCUCUCCAGAGCACAGGGGGCGAUGGGGGGACACCAGCCAGGCCUACGUCAGCCUGCUGGACAUCACUCCCACCAUUCUGGACUGGUUCUCUGUUCCCUACCCGUCCUACAGCCUCCCCGGCGACCCCACCGGCCCGGUCCACCUCACCGGUCGCUCCUUACUGCCGGCCCUGGACACUGAGCCCCCCAGCUGGCACACCGUCUACGCCAGCCAGUCCCUCCACGAGGUAACCAUGUUCUACCCAAUCCGCUCCGUCCACCAGGGGGCGUACCACCUUCUCCACAACCUUCACUACCGCAUGCCCUUCCCCAUCGACCAGGACCUGUAUGUGUCACCCACCUUCCAGGACCUGCUGAACCGCACAAGGCUGAGUGAACCCACUCACUGGUUCAAAAGCCUGGAGCAGUAUUACUACAGAGAGCGCUGGGAGCUGUUCGACUCCAGGACGGACCCUCUGGAAACCAGGAACCUGGUGUCAGACCCGUCCUAUAGCAGUGUGCUGGAGAGCCUGAGGCAGAGUCUGCAGAAGUGGCAGUGGGAGACGGGGGACCCCUGGGUCUGUGGACCCGACUACGUCCUGGAGGACAAACUAGAGCCGCACUGCAGACCGCUCUACAACGGACUCUGAUGGACUCGAAUGGUACUUUUACUCAUCUGGAUUGACAUUAUGUCCCUGUAGAUAAUCUCGUUUUUUCUUAUAAAAUAAAUUACAUUUAUUAGUUUUACUUUUGACGGUCAGUGCUGCUUUUAAUGCUCAAAAAUAAACAAAACUUGAAUUGCAUUAAUUCCUAACAUUGUUUUUGUUAAA